AUGGAUACAGAAAUAAAUAAACAACCUUUGAAUCAAUUCAAAGAACCUUUUAACUUGGAAAAUAGUUUAAUGGUGGCAUCAGAGACUGAGGUUGACAAGGAACUCAAGUUUAAAAUUCCUAUUGACAUGUUUAUAAUGCUUAAAUAUCAUUUUGGCCCUGUUUCCAGUAGUGCAGAAGGAGGGUUAACAUUUUGUAAACCCAUUGGAGUAUUGAACAAAUAUUUAGGGAAUGUAAUUACAUCAAGUAAAAAGCCAGUCACUGUUAAAUGUUUCAAGGGUUCUGAAACUGAUCAAAUACGAACAAGUAGAGGCCAAUUGAUUGAUUUAUGUGAAGGAAGACCGGAAAUGGUACAAAAUCAUUUCAACUAUGGUUUUAAUGAAAUCCAACAAGCUGUUGAAAUUGAUAAAACCAUUGAACUACCAAGUGCUGGAUCUUUUGCUAUUUUCCAAACAAAGAUCAUUUAUGGAUUCCUUUUGAAACGAGAUGGUGUGGAUGACAGGUUUGAUCACGCAUGUGUUUUCAGAGAUGAUGUGUAUUUGGUACCUUUUGAUCAUAUUCUAUACGAGCCAGUUACCGCUCACCAAUAUAUCGCCUAUUUGUUUGGACCUGGAAAACCCAGAUGGACUGAUCAAUAA